AUGCCACCUCCACUGGACACUGAGGAUUUCACUUUCCCUCUCGGCGACGGAUUAGCCUUUAGCCCUUGUAUUCAACCGUCACAAAACAAUCCUCUUCCGCACAUGAACUUGCAAAACUCCGCGGAACAGUACUGGAAAGAUGUGGCAGACCAAAACCAGAAAGCGUUAGGGGAUGCACUGGUGGAAAACAAUCAGCUGCACGUGACAUUAACCCAAAAGCAGGAAGAGAUCACUUCCCUGAAGGAAAGAAACGUGCAGCUGAAGGAGCUAGCCAGCCAGGCGAAGCAGCUGGCCUGUGUGCUCGAUAAACUGAUGAUCCACCAGCCCAAGGAGGGGGGCGACGCUUUCCUUCCCAGGAGCUCAGCUAAGAGAAGCCUGGAGCAGCUGUACGCGGCCAGGCAGGAGGACUGCGCAGAAGUGGAUGAAAUCCUGAGGGAAAUAUCAGACACCUGUAACGCGGCGCUGCAGACUAUUGAUGAGAACCGAGAGGCGAAGCGCCCUCGGCUGCAGGCGGAGGCAACACGAGCCCCGGACAGCCAGAGCCAGGCUAUUAACAUGUACGGGGCGUUCAGCGGACUGCAGGCUUGCCGCAGUCGCAGCUCGGUGGAUCUGAGUAACAGCGAGUUGGAGGAAGGCGUGUCUUUCAGGACCUCCAUCACAGAUCACUGCACGAUCCGGACACUAGCUUUCCCCCAAGGAAAUGCUUUCACUAUCAGGACAGCCACCGGGGGCUACAAGUUUAGAUGGGUUCCCAGCUGA